CUUAUAAAGAAUGUGUUCUUAUCCUUGGUCAAUUGGUAAGGGUAAUAUAAAUUGUGCGUGAUUAUUUAUUGCUAGAUUGUUUCAGCCGAUGGAUCUGUCUCCUCGAAGUUGUCAAACAUAGAUCAUGACCAUCUUGAAAAAUGAAAAUUCAUUUUAAUAUUGAACGAUAAAGUCAAAAAAAGAAAAUAAAAAGAGGGACAAGAAAGAGUUGGUUUUGAAUCUCUUGCGUUAAGGGUAGGAAAACGUAGGAAGCAAAUUCAGAAAAUGGGUACUCAAGAAGAUGAUAUAUUGAUCUUGGAAGAGGGUCUUUUACAGGAAAAUGAUGAACAAUACACUGGAGAUGGUUCGGUUGAUCUCAAAGGGCAUCCUGUUCUGAAAAGCAGAACUGGAAAUUGGAGAGCCUGCCCAUUUAUUCUUGGCACAGAAUGCUGUGAGCGUCUUGCUUACUAUGGUAUUGCAACUAAUCUUGUCAGUUAUCUGACUAGUAAACUGCAUGAAGGAAAUGUGUCUGCUGCAAGGAAUGUUACUACCUGGUCAGGAACUUGCUACCUAACACCACUUAUUGGCGCUGUCUUAGCUGAUGCAUACUGGGGAAGAUAUUGGACGAUUGCUGUAUUUUCCAGUAUAUACUUCAUUGGAAUGUGUACCUUGACUUUAUCUGCAUCAGUUGCCGCAUUCAAGCCUCCUGAAUGUGUAGAUUCAUAUUGCCCUUCAGCGACUUCCGCACAGUAUGGAGUAUUCUUUUUGGGCCUCUAUCUAAUUGCGUUGGGAACUGGAGGGAUUAAACCGUGUGUAUCAUCUUUUGGCGCUGAUCAGUUUGAUGAUACAGAUCCUAAUGAGAGAGUGAAGAAGGGAUCCUUUUUCAAUUGGUUCUAUUUCUCUAUAAAUAUUGGUGCCUUAGUAUCAAGUACACUCAUUGUUUGGAUGCAAGAAAAUGCUGGAUGGGGAAUAGGAUUUGGCAUUCCUGCUUUAUUCAUGGGAAUCGCUAUUGCAAGCUUCUUUUCUGGAACUCCCCUGUAUAGGUUUCAAAAACCUGGGGGUAGCCCGUUAACGAGAAUGUGCCAAGUUAUAGUUGCCUCGUGCCGUAAGUGGACAUUGGAGGUACCGCAAGAUGGUACUCUUUUAUAUGAGACUCAAGACAAACAUUCAGCUAUUGAAGGAAGUCGAAAGCUGGAGCAUACAGACGAAUUAAAGUGCUUAGAUAAAGCAGCAGUGGUGUCGGAUACUGAUAUGAGAAAUGGUGAUUUUUCCAACCCAUGGGUAUUGUGCACCGUAACACAGGUGGAAGAAUUGAAAAUCUUGAUCCGAAUGUUCCCAAUAUGGGCAACGGGAAUUGUGUUUGCCGCUGUUUAUGCUCAAAUGUCAACAAUGUUUGUCGAGCAAGGAAUGGUCAUGGACCGAAAAAUCGGAUCGUUCACCGUCCCAGCAGCCACAUUAUCCACUUUUGAUGUCGUGAGUGUUAUAUUCUGGGUCCCAAUCUAUGACAGCAUCCUUGUUCCUAUCGCUAGGAAGUUUACAGGUCAAGAGCGAGGAUUUUCAGAACUUCAGAGAAUGGGUAUUGGCCUCUUUAUCUCCAUCCUUUCUAUGGUAGCUGCCGCUGUUGUAGAAAUCCGACGUUUGCAAAUAGCUAAAGAACUCGAUUUAGUCGAUAAAAAUGUUGCGGUCCCUAUUAAUAUCUUUUGGCAAGUACCCCAAUACUUCUUGGUGGGUGCUGCGGAGGUGUUUACCUUUGUUGGGCAAUUGGAGUUUUUCUACGAUCAGUCACCCGAUGCUAUGAGAAGUUUGUGUAGUGCACUUUCUCUCCUAACGACUUCACUUGGGAAUUACUUGAGCUCGUUGAUUCUGACGAUUGUGACAGCUGUUACAACUGCCGGAGGGAACCCGGGAUGGAUACCGGAUAAUCUGAACGAGGGUCAUCUCGAUAAUUUCUUUUGGCUCUUGGCUGGACUGAGUUUCCUGAACAUGGUAGUGUACAUUUUCUGUUCUUUGAAGUACAAACAGAAGAAGGCUUCGUAAGGAACCUGCUGCUCGUGGUGCUAGUUAAGCGUAUGAGUCCAAGUGUACAACAUUGAAUUUCCGAUGGUUCAGCCGAAUAUGAAGUUCUGUAUCAUAGCAGUAUAAGAUAGGAUCCUGUUAUUUGGUUAUACUGUUUCAAAGCAAAUCAAAGUACGUGUCGUUUCUUACACGAUUAAUUUUCUUGUUUUAGUUUCUGCAAUGUAAAGUUCAAGCAUAGUUCCGGUUGUUGUU